AGUCAGUUGUUUGGAUAUCGCAAGAGAGCGUGGUUUAGCACCGAGGAUAAACGAAAAGAACCGGGACCCAAAGGAUGGGUAUAUUUCGUGAAUUUCCCAUAGUUUUCAAUCUUUAUAAAAAGUACAGUUAGACGCAAUUCAUUUUAUGGAAAACUUCAAUUCUCUUCCGGGCACGCUCCCAAUUGUAAAUAAUACACUGUACAUUUGGAACGAAGCCAAGUCAUUACCAGCUCUUCACCUUCGCUUUUACACCAAGCGCAACGAUAAUAAUAAUUGCUGAACUGUUGACAUUGGCGGAUCAGAAAUAAUACUCUGCAGGGAAACAUCAUGAGCGAGAGUAUGGAGUCGGUGAAAAAACAGUCUUUGCCGAUCAUCAAGCAGAGACACACGCUAGCACGGCGUGUUUCAGGCAUGUUCAAAGAUGGAAAAACCAGCGGACCUCCACUCCUCUUUCGUCACGCAUCAAUGCAACGCUUGCGUCAUUGCUGCCAGAAUUUGAACCUGUUUCCGUACUUGCUGUACUCAUUUGGCAAUUCGAAGUCUCAUCCCACCGUGAAGAAACUCCACAACCACUUCAUACUACUGAUGCACAACCUUUCGAUAAUCAUACAGAGCAUGUUGAACUCGAUACUUCAGUCGAUCCCAGUCAAGAAUUCCGUUCGUUUUGCAAUCGGCUUCCAGCGAGUUCUUCUCAAACACCUCCAUUCGCAAGGAUUGACCAGAUCCUAUGAGGCUUUCGCAUCACUCCGAAAGACCUCCAAGCCUCCGCAGAAGACGCAAGAAAUAAAAAAUAGAGAAGAAGAGAAGUUUGCUAAGUUCAAGCCACGUGAACGGAAGAGGAUCUCCCUUGUUCUAACGCUGGCAGUGUAUUUUGCUCUUUUGGUACUCGCCUCUCAGCUCGUUGGUAUUAUCAGCGUUAUGCUAUUUGGCAAAUAUCCACCUGGUUUCAUAUUCCUAAUGUCAGCUCUACUCUUCCUUGGAUAUAUCACUUUGAAAAUAAUGGCAUUCGACAAAGUGGGUCAUGGAUUCAAGGAAGAGAAGAGGAAAACUGAGUGAUACUUUACCCUAGUCUUUAGAAUUUUUUAUCAGCUUUUAUUUUUGAAGAAUAUUUUGUAAAUUUAGCUGUAACAACUGGCACGUUCAGAAAUUACCACAUUUCUGUAUUCUAUUCAAUAUGUUAUCUCCUCACCCUCAAAGCUGCAGUACUCGUCUGCAGACCGUAAUCUGCGAUAAAUAUUAUCGUACUGUGACGAAAGCUUACAUCACACGUAUGAUAUUCAUUCUUGAAAAAUUCGCUAUCCUAAUUUAUCGUAUUGAAGAUGUAACUAACUGUGAGUUUACAAAUUAAACGACCAUUUGAAAUAUGUUUGGGCUAGCUAUAGUGGUAGAAUAUUAGCUGACAACAUUAUACUGCUAGUAUCGAUAUAGAGUGAGAUCAGCAUAGGCGGAAUUACACUUCGAGAUGGGUUCUCAACGUCUUCAAGUAUCACAUGAAAAACUCAUUUGAUCAAGCUAUUUUGUGUUCUCAUGAACCGUCAGUCGCUUAUGAAAAUGUGAUGAAUACGUGACUGCAGAUUAAUGUGCACGGAGAGUUUCAUGAUCUUCCAGACAUGUCAAGAUCGGUAUAGUUGACUCGAUUCUAAUUUAGUUUGAGUUUCCACAAAUCGAGUCAGUUGGAAUCACAUAGAUACGCAUUUUUCAAGUCAAUGUGUGAUUUGUUUCUGAUAAAUCCCGAAAAGCGAAUUUAUGAUUGACUCCAGUGCUUGGUUCAUGGAAACACGUAAAUAGUUCUCGUGAUAAUGUUAUUAAUAUGAAUGUAAGUUGUGUUGAAAGUAAUUUUAAAAGGUAUGGCUCAGAUUGAAGCUACAAAGUAGUAGAUAUUAAUUACCUUUGCUGGCAUAAGACUGAGCACUGUUUUGUGGCACUGAUUUGUAAAUAAAUAUUUCACAAGU